GCCGCGGCCUCGCCUCGUCCCGGGCCGCGCUCCGCCGGACUCGCCGCAGCAAUGAAGGUGCCACCGUGCCUUGCCGCUCUUGUCUUCCUCACGGCUGCGCUCAGCCCGGAGCCCUCUCACUGUGCCAAGGUGCUGAUCAUGCCCACCAUAGUCUUCGACAGCCACCUGCGAGUCUUCAUGCGAGUGGCAGAGGCGCUGAGGGAGCGGGGCCACGACCCCGUGCUGCUGCUGCACGAGGGCCGGGACGUGGAGAGCCCCCUGCGCAGCUUCCGCCUGCAGAGCUACUGGGGCAUCUUCAGCAGGGAGAGCGCGGACGCCUGGGUGCAGGAGAAGAUCAGGCGAGUCUUCCAAGGGAAGAUGACCUCUCUGGAGAUGUUCUCCUUCUUGGAGAAGUACCUGGAGAACUGCGACCUGGUGCUGGGAAACUCGACCGUUGUGCAGGAGCUGCAGCGCGAGCGCUUCGACCUGCUGCUGGUGGACCCCAACGAGAUGUGCGGCUUCAUCCUGGCCCACAUUCUGCAGACCAGAUACGCCGUGAUCUCCACCGGCUUCUGGUUCCCUGCUGAGAUCGGUGCCACGUCCCCCAUCGCCUACGUCCCCGAGUUCAACUCCCUGAUGACAGACAGGAUGAGCCUCUUGGGCAGGGCUUGGAAUCUCCUCGUCUACCUCAUCACCCGCGUGGCCACGAAGCUGGUCAUCCUGCCCAAGUUCGAGCGCCUCAUGGAGAAGCACCGAGUGGAGCCCAAGACAUCCAUGUUGGACCUGGUCCACGGCACCAGCCUCUUCUUCCUCUGUAACGACGUGGUGCUGGACUUCCCCCGGCCCACGCUCCCCCACGUCAUUUUCACCGGGGGAAUCCUCGCUGAGCCCGCAAAGCCCCUCCCCGUGGGUCUGCGUCUCUGGGUGGAAGCAGCAGAUGCAGGCGUUGUGGUGGUCUCCUUUGGCAUCGGGAUCCGAGCCCUUCCCAGGGAGCUGGUGGAGACGAUGGCCGGUGCGUUCGCCCGCCUCCCGCAGAGGGUGGUGUGGAGAUACUUUGGGCAGAAGCCAAGAAACCUGGGUGAGAACACGCUGAUGAUGGAGUGGCUGCCCCAGAACGACCUGCUAGGCCACCCCAAGGUGAAAGCUUUCGUCAGCCACUGCGGGAUGAACGGUGUGUUCGAGGCCAUUUAUCACGGUGUGCCCGUGGUGGGCUUCCCUUUCUACGGGGACCAGUUUGACAUCAUGACCAGAGUGCAGGCAAAGGGUAUGGGCAUCCUCAUGGACUGGAGCAGAGUGAAGGAAGAGGAUCUUUACCAGGCUGUCGUCACAGUUAUCUCUGACCCCAGCUACAGCAAAGCGGCCAAGCUGAUCUCGGCCCUGCACCUGGACAGGCCCAUGCCUGCCCUCAACAGGACAGUGUACUGGCUGGAGUACAUCCUCCGGCACGACGGGGCACCCUACCUCCGCCCUGCCGUCUACGACCUCUCCCUGGUCCAGUACUUCUGCCUGGACAUCCUGGCUCUCCUCUGCUUGUGUCUGGCCGCCCUCGGCUUCGUCCUCUACAAGUGUGUGGCGUGGUGCCUGAGGAAAGGCUCCGGCCCUGUGUACCAGAACGGCGACUGCAUGAAGAGCCACUUCACAGAGGAGAAGAAAGUGCAGUAGCGGCUGCGGGGCACAGCCCGUGCUGCGGGACGAGGCGCCGCCGUGCCCGGCGAGAGGGGCAAGGCGCCGGGGCCCUGCUGCGCCUGGGCACGGCAGCGCUGGGAGCGGGGCACGGGGAGGUGGACUGCCAGGGACGAGCAGCGCGAGCUCUCCCCGCGGGCUUGCACGGUGGUGUAGAUGCUGGUGUCUCUCUUCUGGCUUUCUGGCCGUCCCGUGGGGGUCUGGAGGUAGGGCCGGCGUUUCACGUGUGGCAGGCGCUCGCCCUCCUCUGCCUGGUUACACAGAGCCCCGGGAGUCUGCGUUCCUUUGCGUGCAGGUGAGGACCUGAGGUAGAGCUGUGGACAGGAAAGGGCACUUGAAAGCAUCAUCUACACGAGAAGGAGACUGGUCUGGUUUAAUUUCCGUGGGUACGUACUGUUCUUCCUGCUUGGGUCAGCCCUCUGCAACCCCCUUCGUGUUUGAGCUAAAUUAUUGGUUUUUUAAAUAAAGUUGUGUUCCUUGU